AUGGUGGUCGGCAUUCCCGCUCUAGUAUUGGUUAUGAUGAUCCAGGGCGUCUUGCUCUCUAUCGGAGACCCGCCUCAGUCUCGCCGGGAGAUCCGCAUCGAGGGUGACCUGGUGCUCGGUGGCUUGUUUCCAGUGCAUGAGAAGGGUGCUGGGAUGGAGGAGUGUGGUCGGGUGAAUGAGGAUAGAGGGAUUCAGAGGCUGGAGGCCAUGCUGUUUGCAAUAGACAGAAUCAAUAUGGACAACACUUUGCUGCCUGGGGUCUCACUCGGGGUCCACAUCCUGGAUACCUGCUCCAGAGACACCUAUGCACUAGAGCAGGCUCUGGAGUUCGUGAGAGCCUCUCUCACCAAGGUGGACGACACAGAGUUUAUCUGUCCAGACGGAUCUUACGCUUUGCAAGAUGACAGUCCACUCGCAAUCGCUGGUGUCAUAGGAGGUUCCUUCAGCAGCGUCUCUAUACAGGUGGCCAAUCUUCUCAGGCUCUUUCAGAUCCCUCAGAUAAGCUAUGCGUCCACCAGCGCCAAACUAAGUGACAAGACCCGUUAUGAUUACUUCGCCCGCACAGUGCCCCCUGAUUUCUACCAGGCCAAAGCCAUGGCUGAGAUCCUUCGCUUUUUCAACUGGACGUACGUGUCAACUGUGGCAUCAGAGGGGGAUUAUGGAGAAACCGGCAUAGAGGCCUUUGAACAAGAGGCCCGAAUGAGGAACAUCUGUAUUGCUACUUCAGAGAAGGUGGGGCGUUCUAAUGCUAAGAAGUCCUAUGAAGCUGUGAUUCGUCAGCUACUCCAGAAGCCUAACGCCCGUGUGGCUGUGCUGUUUCUACGCAGCGAUGAUGCCAGAGAGCUGUUGGCGGCAGCAGCUAGACUUAACACCUCCUUUAUCUGGGUGGCAAGUGAUGGCUGGGGUGCACAGGAGAGCAUUGUCAAGGGAAAUGAGGUCACUGCUGAAGGAGCCAUCACACUUGAGCUAGCAGCCAAUCAUGUGCCAGACUUCAACCAGUACUUUCUUAGCUUAAACCCAACAAAAAACCAUCGGAAUCCCUGGUUCAGGGAGUUCUGGGAACAACGAUACCAGUGCUUGUUGGGUGGUGGAGGAGGUGGAGGUGUAGGACUGGGAGAAACACCUCUCCCACCAUGUGACAAGGACCUGUCAAUGGACAAGAGUAACUUUGAACCCGAGUCCAAGAUCAUGUUUGUGGUGAACGCAGUGUAUGCCAUGGCUUAUGCUCUCCAUAAUAUGCAACGGAGCCUGUGCUUUAACACCACCAAGCUGUGUGACAGCAUGAAGGCCUUGGACGGCCGAAGACUCUACAGGGACUACAUCCUUAAUGUCAGCUUCACAGCCCCUUUCUCUCCUCCAGGCAGUGAGACGACAGUGAAGUUUGAUACUCAGGGGGACGGCAUGGGCCGAUACAACAUCUUCAGCUACCAGCGUUCUGGAGAUCGUUACGGUUAUGUGCCAGUUGGUGAAUGGGCAGAGAGUCUGAGUCUGAGCAGCGACCUGAUUCACUGGCCUAGAGAAGUGGUGCCCACCUCACAAUGCAGUGACCCUUGCGAACGCAACGAGAUGAAAAAAAUGCAGGCGGGUGAGUACUGCUGCUGGAUCUGUACAGCCUGUGAACCUCAUGAAUACCUGGCUGAUGAGUUCACCUGCUCGCCCUGUGCUCCUGGCCAGUGGCCCACUGAAGAUCUGACAUCCUGUUACGACCUUCCUGAGGACUAUAUUAUGUGGGAAGAUGCCUGGGCCAUUGGUCCAAUUACCAUUGCCUGUGUAGGAUUCAUGUGCACUGGCCUAGUAUUCUGGGUGUUUAUCCGACACAACAACACUCCACUGGUGAAAGCAUCAGGCAGAGAGCUGUGUUACAUCCUUCUGUCAGGUGUCUUCAUGUCCUAUGCCAUGACUUUCCUCUUCCUGGCCAAACCCUCUCCUGCCAUCUGUGCCCUGCGACGCCUCGGCCUUGGCACGUCGUUCGCUGUCUGCUACUCAGCCCUUCUCACCAAAACCAACAGAAUCGCCAGGAUUUUCAAUGGGGUAAAAGACGGAGCGGGUGCAGUGAGGCCACGCUUCAUUAGCCCAUCCUCUCAGGUGUUCAUCUGUCUGAGUCUUAUCUCGGUCCAGUUAGUGAUGGUGUCUGUGUGGCUGUUGCUGGAAGUUCCCGGAACACGGCGCUUCACGUUGCCAGAACGACGGCAGACUGUGAUUCUUAAAUGUAACGUACGGGACUCCAGUAUGCUGCUAUCACUCGGAUAUGACGUGCUCCUGGUCAUCCUGUGUACUGUGUAUGCCUUCAAGACCAGGAAGUGCCCUGAGAACUUCAACGAGGCCAAGUUUAUUGGGUUCACUAUGUACACCACCUGUAUAAUCUGGCUGGCCUUUCUUCCCAUCUUCUAUGUUACAUCUAGUGACUACAGGGUUCAAACCACCACCAUGUGUAUCUCAGUCAGCCUGAGUGGCUUUGUGGUUCUGGGCUGUAUGUUUGCUCCUAAGGUCCAUAUUAUCAUGUUCCAGCCCCAGAAGAAUGUGACCAGUCACAGGCUUAACCUCAACCGCUUCAGUGUUAGCGGGGCUGCCACCACAUAUGCAUCUCAUGCUUCUGUGAGCGCCCACUAUGUUCCAACCGUGUGCAACGGGAGAGAAAUCGUCGACUCCACCACUUCCUCUCUGUGACCACAUCCACUACAAUCUCUAAAUCUGCCCCUGCGACUGUUAGCCAAUCCAUGAACAUUAUCAAAUUCAACCUUCAUUUCACUCCCACACACACACUCAGAACACACACACAUACAUAUACGUACAUACACGAAAAAACAAAGAUACACGCACAAACAAACAAACCCUUUCCUUGUGGACUAGAACUGUAUUGUUUCACAAAUGUAGAAAGUGUGUAACUAAAAUUAAAUUAUUUUCUAGGGAUGUACAUACACGGAAUCGACAUUGUUGUAAGUAGAGAAACAAAAGAACAAAAAAAGUUUUUAGGAGGAAUUUUUGGAGCCUUUGUUUUUGAUAGCUUUGUUAUGAUGCGGUGUAAAUAGACGUGCUUAAAUCAUGGUAGGAGGGUGUGUGUCCCUCAGUCUGGAUGCACAUUUGUGGCUCUGCUUGCCUCACCCGCAAUAUCCCACAGACUUUUUAUUCUCAUGCUUUUUUGUAGGUCUCAUUGUAAUAACUAGUUAUGUAUGCAUUUCUAUUGUGUAUCUGUACAUUUGUAUAUUAUAUUACUGAUGGUUCAAACAGCACAAUGUUGACAGUCUUGUAAUUUUAGGAUGAAUGUGGACAAAAGCAUAAACUGGACUGACUAGAACAGCUGGAAUGGAUAUGUACAAAAAACAUCCAUGAUUUACAGUUAAACAGUGGCAGAAAACAAUUUUCAGUUUGAGAAUUCAUCUAUUCACAUCUUGAUAGAUGUGUUUUGCAUCCUAGAUCUGUAUACAGAACCCGAUGUGGCUUUUUUUGCCGGGAAAUAUGUUUUGCUUUUGAUACAAAUGUUAAUUUUUCUAUUUCUAAUCAUAGAAUCCCUUUAUCUAAAUGGCCAUAGUUCCAGACAUGUGUUCUCCAAAGCAACAGUAUGUUUACUCCCACUCUCAAACUGCUUUCUUUCAAGGACUGCUGAAAUGGAUUACUAAUAAUAAUAAUAGCAGGGCUGAAGCACUACAGUAUAUUAAAUGCAUUUCUUUUACUUCAAAACUGUCAGUGUAGCUUUUGCUAGUAGAAUUAUAUCAGCUAAAACAAAUCUGUUUAUUUCUAAUGGUUAUGAAUUGGGACUCAAAUACUCAAAUACUAAUGAAGGGAAGCCGUCUGCUUUGCUAAACACAUGCUGAUUUGCUUCUCUUUUUUUUUCUCCAGUUACAGGGGGGUGGUAGCAUUUGUUUUUGUGCCCCAUAGAUACAGUAUAUGGUGACAUUUUGCAUAUGGCAAUGUGCCUUAAUGUAUGUUUGAUAGUGCUCCAGGUAGAGGUUGCAAUGGGCAGUUUUACAAUGCAAACUGCAAAUGUUUGGUUAAUGUAAAUGUGAUCUCAUAGAGAGUAUAUGUUUCUGGGCAACAGUAUUCCAGUUUGUUUUCUUCCCCUCUAAGCCUUCUGCCAUUGAUUGUUUACCUGAAGUGUUAAAACAGUAAGGAAUCCUUAGGUUAACAUGACUUUCUCUACCCUUCUUUCCACAGUCUAUGACAAAAAAUAAUAAUUAAAUGGAUUUUUCUGAUAGACACCCAGUAUACUUUAAUUUUUUUUUUUUUUUUUUACAGCUUAGUGCCAAUAAAAGAAAGCAGGGGAAGAGAAGCUCAUAUACCAUUAAGGUGAAGUCUCUGACUCGUCAACUUAUUGAAGUGUGCAGUUUACAUGUCUGUGUUAAAUGUGUUGACGGUGAGAGGCACAGUGGAGCAGCUGGCUUCAGCAGUCCCAGAGUGGCUCACGAGAGGAAGCAGAGCACACAGAGUCAGCUGCUGGCAGAGCCCAGCAAACAAAAGGAUGUUAGAAUAGUCCUCAUAUGCAUUACAUACAGAACAAUAAUCAGAUCAUCCGUAUUCUCCAAACUCUAUUCCUGGAUGGAAGUAUGAUGAUGAGAUGUGAGAAUCAAUGAAAAUAACACAUCAACAUGCCAAAAAGACUACUGUGAAUAAAGUUGUUCGAAAUAGCUUGAAAUUGCAGACUAAUUUACCUAAUUUAAAGCAUGUUUCAUUUUGAAUUGUGGCCUCAAGCAAAAAAUGUAUGGACUUUAGGAUGGUAGUAGAUUAUUAAUAAACUGAUCUUAAAUUGUUACAGAAAAUCUUAUAUUGUCUAAAAUGUGUUACACUACUGUUAUAUUUGGUAUUUUAACAAAAUAUGUGAUCAGAGUCACUUAUUUGUUGUUCUGAGAUUCCCCAGACAAGCUUUCCAGAUCUUUUUUCCAUUUUCAAAUUCUUCAGCAGGUGCAGCCGAACUGUUGAACAUUCAUCUCUUGACUAGUCUACACUUUUACACAACCAGUCUCAAAAGCACCCUGGGAGAUUAUCACACUGAAUGAUAGAUUGAAAGAAUUUUAGAGAGCGGAGGAUGCGCCAAGAUGAGCCGACCUACAUUGGGGUGUGUGUGUUAGGUGCAGAGAGCAGGAGGAGAGAGCGGUGUGGCAGAGCAGAGUGGAGCUGCUGCUGCUGGAUUAUGUAAAGCACUCCCACAGCCCAGAAGUCACAGCGCUUCUAUGGAAGCUCAAAGCAUCUCAGAGAUUCACAGUCUUUGUUAGCAGAAGGCUUAGCCAUUCACAUAGUGGUCCUGCUCCCACAAGAUACACCCCGCAUGGCAGGUUGCUAUGGACAACCACCGCCACAUCCGCUGCCGGAAUGUCUAUUUGGCUGCAUGGAGAGAAGGGUAGGAGGAGGGGUGAUGAGAGGGCGAAAAAAAAAAAAAAAAAAGCAAAAUAGAAAGGGAAAAGGGUUGCUGGUUCUAAUUCAAAUUGGCAGUGACUGAUGAGAGUUGGCUCAGCAAGGCCCAGUACUCCACUGCUAAUUUUAAUGGCCGCACAAAUAGAGCACUUAACCCUGAUUCUGGUCUCAUUUAGUCCAGGGAUAGUCUUGAACAACAGUCUCACACUCUUCCUCUGCCCACCUUUGUCCACCUCAUCUCCACUCUCUGUGUGAAACUUGCUGCUGAGUCUGUCUCAGCCAAGACCACCUAAGCCUGACCAACAGACUGGUAGCCCACACUUCAACUGAAGCACUCAGAUCUUUGUGCCCACUGCAGAACAUGCCAGCAAAAUCAGCCUUGAGGAGGUUGGAUAAGGGAUAAGGGAAAGGUAGAUAAAGGACUUGGAGAUUAUGUGUGGGAAAAUGAUGCGAAGAAAAUGCAUCACUUUGAAAUACAUCACCUUUCUCACUACUCUCCUCUCAGUUUAUCAUCUCGUGUAACUCUCCGUGGAAGGCUCUUUAAUUGGCUUUACUCAUGAAUAUCCCUUUCAACAGCAAGCCAUCAACUACAGACAUUGUUCUGUUCAGCCUCUGCCAACUGCCAUGUGUGCUACAAAGGUCUCUGUGCUGUAAGCCCACUUUAUACAGAAUGUGUCCUUGGCCUCGAGGCUUUGAGAUGAGACAAGAUGUCUGCAGCUAAAUGAAGCUGGGGGUCAAGCUGAGAUCUGGAACUGGCCAAUCGCAAAGCAAUAGUUCCGUGUUUAUGAUACGUGCAAUAACAAGGCUGUGAUGACAUCAUAAUAAAUAACAAGCAAACUG